AUGGCUUCCAAUCAGUCGCAUGCGAGUCCGGCGCUGUCAAUACUCGCUGCAAAGCGCUUGGCUCAGCCCAUCAAAUUUCCCUUCACAGCGUACUCGCAUACCCACGACUUGUUGGCCAUUGUAACAUCAGAAUGGAACAUACCGGUCUUUCGCAUUGCAUCCGGACAGAUCGCAUUCACGGUGAAGCGUAAGUCUUCUGACUGUGAGGUCACGGUCUUGAGCUGGAAGCCAGAUGGAACUUGUCUGGGUGUGGGAUGGAGCGAUGGGAGCUACGUUAUUCACGAUGGCGGAUAUGGAAAGAGGAUCACUGAGCCCGAGUUGCAAGUCGAUGGCGAGGAGGAUUGGAGACUGGAUCUGAAAGUAAAAGAGCAAGAGAAAGACAAGGAGAAGAAGCAGGUUGAGGAGGAAAGGAAGAAUGCCCUCGUCCAAAAGAUUUCCGUCAUUGGGUGGAUGGAUCAUGAGGUCGAUCGAGAUGAUGGAAAAAAGAGAGACCGAGUUCUGACGGCUGACGAUUGGUAUGAUGGGCUGGCCGAGUUGGACCUUUCAGACGGGGAUCCCAAGUCCAAGCCGAGCUUGCCGAAUGACCUCCCUCGAGCCAUUACUAUGCUCGAUGUCACAAGAGUCUUGCCCAGGUUGUGCGCGAUACCGCCUCAUGGGUUGAAAGGAGAGCUGGACAAUAAGAUCUUCACAACACAAAUCGGCGUCGAUGAGCUUUUCCCACCGCCUCGGGAUUUAGACGCUUCCAAUCGCCUUCAAAGUCUGUUAAUCUGUCGGGAAGACGGGACUAUACAAGUCCUUCUGGACGAGACUGUCAAGCUAGGUACUUGCAGAAUCAAAGGCAGGGCACUCGCGCAUACAGCUCAUGCGCGAAGUCCUAGUCAUCUCAUACUUUCGGAGGACGAUGAGGGCCGGCGAAUUUCGAAUGUUCUCGAUCUCCCUCUUGAGAAGCUGAGCGGCACUUUACUGCAUGUCAUUGCUACCAACAUGAAGCGGAUCCAGGGGCUCCUUGAAUAUAUUUUGCAGACCGUGCGCUGCAUCGAGCACGACUACGAGUCCAAUAUUGUCGUUUCAGAAAGGUUCUUGAACAUUCUUGAAGGCGAUUUGGAAGACAAGGGAGAAGGCAAUGCUAGGACGAAUCUGUUUCACCUUGCCAUGACCGGAUGCUUCAGUCCAAUAACGCGAGAAUGGACGGGCGAAGUGCUCAAAGAAAAUCAGACGAAGCGGUGGGACCAGGUGAUCAACACGAUGUACAGCUGCAUACAAACUCAUGUUUUUGAGAAUCUAUUGCCUGCGUUAGAGCGCCUCACAAUCGCUGUUACUCGUCUCCGCGGACUCGCCAAAUUCCACGAGCAUACCAACAAGUUCGACUGCCCACAUCGGUUGUUGACAAAUAUCCUUGACAAGGUCGACUGUCUGCGCCUGGUAGCGCACAAAAUGCUGCUGGUGUGCCAGUCUGAACACAGACAAUUUCGCGCAUUCAUCAAAUGGCUCCGCAUGCAGGUCGACAUCGCCAUCGCAGAGCCCUUCUCGGCAAGUGCGCUGGAAACCGAGCAGCGGGAGGUUCCUAAUCUGGAUUAUUCGCUGAUCCUCGCAUUCAUCAAGGAAACUCUCACGGAGAGUAAAUUGGCCAUGCACAUCAGAGACCGACCAAGUAUGGGAGGCGAGACCGACAAGGACAGCUUCUUCGAGCAUCCUGUCAUCAAAGAGAUGAGCUAUGAAAAGGCCAAAGAAUUACUCUUGCGCCUUGAUUCGCUGAAGGCUGACGAAGAGUUACUACUGAAGGAGGUGUAUGAUCCAGCUGCUUUACUCAAUCUCCCAGCCAUCACGUGCAGCCUGGUUGGACAUGUGCGGAUUGCUUUGAAGCACAUUACGAAUUGGCAGAGCAAGAUGCUGCCCAAACCUACCUCUCGCCCAGCCUCAGAAACACCCUUCUCCGAGAUGACAAUGGUUUCGUCACCGGAACUGGGAGGUCCAUCACGGGACAAGACAUUGAGUCUAAUCUCCCUGGCUCCUGAACCCAACGGCACUAUUCGCAUAGAGAAGACUUCCCCAGCAGUCCCAGCGAAGGCCGAAAGUCCCGUCUCUUUCGCAGAAAACAGCACAACGAGCACAGAAACCGUCACCAUCGCAUCCGAAGAAGAAAAUGCGCGCGAGAUUCUUGACGCGAAAUGGAUUCCACACAGCUCGAAUGCUUUCCUCAUCCUCUGCAGAGAUGAAGAAGGGCAUUCGAAGAUCUACCGCACCACUACUGGCCUGGAGCAGCAAUGUCAUGAACAUCUGCACACCUUCCAUGCCAAUGCAGCGUUCAAGCCUGAAAGGAUGCUUGCUGGAGGACGCAAAGGCAAAGUGCUGAUCGUGGUCUUCGGAAACAAAGGACGAGAUUGGAGGGUGCUCGAUCUGGAUGCUGGUGUGGUGCAACAAGAAGGAGGGGCAGAAGAGGAGGUCAUCGAGGAUGAAAUGGAGAUGGAAACGGGUGAAGAAUAG